AUGACUUUCUAUGUGUCUCUGUGGCAGGCUGCUUUAGUGGCGGGGUGGCAUGAUUUGGAUAACACCGAUUAUGACUGCUGGCCCCUGGAGAAACCAGAUGAGUAUAAUAUGCUGGACUGUGGAGGCCUAGAGAUGGCUUGGGUCCAGAGGCCCCCAGAAAAGAUCAUAAGUGGGGAGUCCUUUGAUGUAAUCUAUGCACUCUUUGCGUCUGAUUACUUUUACCACUAUGCUGUGGAAAAUGGAAUCCUUCCCCACAGUGAUGCAGCUGCUGCUAAGAAGUUCUGUGAGGAACAGGAAUGUCCUCCCAAUUGGAAGGAUGCCAAUGGAGAGAACUGCUGUGUCCAUCAUGCAAACAUUCAUUCCUGCCCAUUGGCCUUCAUGGGAAAAGGUGGCAUUUGUGGACCAUGGAUUCCAGAUGACGGCCAAAUAUUCACUCACACCAUGUCAACUGCAGGAAAAAUGACACAGACAAACUGGACUGCCAAGGUAGUCCUGGUGCAUGUGGGUAUGACUUCUCUCAUUGCCCAUAUCAGGGUUGGGAGAAUGCAGGCAGCUUUGGAAGCCCAAACCAUGGUGCUCCCUGCAGUAGUCUGUGGGGAUGACAUUUGUGAAGAUGAUGAGGGCUGCUCCACGUGUCCAGCUGAUUGUGGUGAAUGUCCAUUGACAACGGAUGUCAGGAUAGCAAUUGCUUUACCAAUAUGUUUAGUGUGCGCUGGUUUCAUUCUGACAGUCAUGUGGUUCCAGUACCAAAAGCAAAAAAUGUUCUGGGAUGAAAGCUGGAUUAUAGACAUCAGUUACAUCGUACAAGGUGUUGAUGGUAGAACCGUUGCCAUCAAGAAAAUAAUGAACAAGACAUUUACCCUCACCAAGUCCAUACGCAGAGAGGUCAAGCAAGUAAGAGAACUAGACCACCCCAACCUCUGCAAAUUCAUUGGAGGCUGUACUGAAGUGCCAAAUAUUGCCAUAAUAACAGAAUACUGCCCAAAGGGAAGUUUGAAUGAUGUGCUGCUCAAUGAAGACAUCCCUUUAAACUGGGGCUUCAGGCUUUCUUUUGCCACUGACAUUGCCCAAGGGAUGGCCUAUCUUCACCAGCAUAGGAUUUAUCAUGGACGGUUGAAGUCCAGGAACUGUGUCAUUGAUGACCGCUGGGUUUGUAAGAUUUCAGACUAUGGCUUACAGUCCUACAGAAAAGAAGAUUCUUUGAUGGAUUCCAACAAUCCUCAUCAGCACUUUGCACAAAUAUAUGUGGCUCCUGAGGCUCACUCCAUACUAAACUUCGAGCCAACUCCAGUUGCAGAUGUGUACAGCUAUGCUAUAAUUUUGUUAGAAAUAGCAACAAGAAGUGACCCGACACUGGAUGAUACAAAUUCAGAAGAAUAUUCUUUGUGCCCUCCUUUGGCAGAAUUAAUAUCAGAAAAAUCUGAGAAUGCCUGUCCAUGCCCUACAGAAUAUAUAGAGCUGAUCAGGAGGUGUAGAAAAAGCAAUCCAGUGCAAAGGCUUACUUUUGAGCAAGUCAAGAAGUUGUUGCAGAAGAUGAACCCAAACAAAGUUAGCCCAGUUGACAUGAUGAUGACUUUGAUGGAGAAAUACAGCAAACACUUGGAAGUGCUGGUAGCAGAAAGGACGCAGGACUUAACACAUGAAAAGCAGAAGACAGACCGCUUGUUGUACAGCAUGUUGCCAAAACAGGUGGCAGAUGAUUUAAGGCAAGGAAAGCCAUCACAGGCCCAAAGUUACAUAAACUCUACCAUCUUUUUCAGUGACAUUGUUGGCUUCACCCAGCUUUCCAGCACCAGUACACCUUAUCAAGUGGUGGACUUCCUGAACAAACUCUACACGACCUUUGAUGAUAUUAUUGAUAACCACGACGUCUACAAGGUGGAAACUAUAGGAGAUGCCUACAUGGUCGUAUCAGGAGUGCCUAAAGAGAAUGGCAUUCACCAUGCUAGUGAAAUUGCAAGUAUGGCUCUGGACCUUAUCUUGGUGUGCAAAACAUUUAGGAUUCCGCACAAGCCUGAUACCCAGCUAAAGAUUCGAGCAGGAAUCCACUCAGGACCAGUUGUGGCUGGAGUUGUUGGAACAAAAAUGCCCCGGUACUGCUUAUUUGGGGACACCGUCAACACAGCCUCCAGGAUGGAGUCCACCAGUGAAGCCCUCAAAAUACAGUGCAGCUCAAGCACAUACCAGCUGUUGGAACAGAUUGGAGAGUACAUAUUGGUGUGCCGGGGGAAUUUGCAAGUCAAGGGGAAAGGUGAUAUGAUAACUUACUGGCUGGAAGGAAAGAAGGCUGGUACAAUUCAGAAGAAGUCUCUAAGCCCUUCUGCAAUCUCUCAGACUCCUAACCAAAGUACUUUCAAUUUCAUCCCUGGUGCUGUAUAG